AUCUCCACCACCUUUCCCUCCAACUCCUCUCUCCAUAUCACAUAUAUAUGCAUACACAUCUCUUCUCUCAUUCUCCCAAUCCUUUCGACUUACAAACACUGGCUUGUUUUUUAUUCGAUAUUCAACUUGACGGCCCAAAAAAUGGCUGCCUUAUUUGUACUAGUAAUUUUUUUGCUUUCUCCGGCGGCGAUGGCCGGACAUGACUACGGCGAAGCUCUAACGAAGAGCAUUCUCUUCUUCGAAGCUCAGAGAUCCGGCUACUUGCCCACUGACCAGAGAGUCCAGUGGCGGGGCGAUUCCGGCCUGGGCGACGGCAAAAUCAGCGGCGUGGAUCUUGUGGGAGGGUACUAUGAUGCCGGAGACAACGUUAAAUUUGGACUGCCGAUGGCAUUCACCGUUACUAUGAUGAGCUGGAGCAUUAUUGAAUACGGCGGCCAGAUUAAUGCCGGCGGUGAACUUCAGAAUGCCGUUGACGCCGUUAAGUGGGGAACUGAUUAUUUCAUCAAAGCUCACCCCCAACCUUAUGUGCUCUAUGGAGAGGUGGGAGAUGGAAACACAGACCACUACUGCUGGCAAAGACCAGAGGACAUGAGCACCUCCAGAGCUGCCUACAAGAUUGACGCCGACCACCCGGGAUCCGACCUCGCCGCUGAGACCGCCGCCGCCAUGGCAGCCGCUUCCAUCGUCUUCCGCCCCUACAACUCCUCCUACUCGGCGGAGCUUCUCCAACAUGCUUAUCAGCUAUUUGAAUUUGCGGACAAGUACAGAGGCAAAUAUGACAGUAGCAUCACCGUAGCGCAGAAGUACUACCGAUCUGUCAGUGGAUACACCGAUGAAUUGCUGUGGGCUGCUGCAUGGCUGUACAAGGCAACAAAUAAAGAGUACUACUUGGAUUACCUAGGGUACAACGGCGAAGCACUCGGCGGAACUGGGUGGGCCAUGACUGAAUUUGGUUGGGACGUUAAAUAUGCUGGCGUUCAAACCCUUGUUGCCAAGUUCCUGAUGGCUGGAAAAGGUGGUAAGCACAAAGCAAUAUUUGAGAGAUACAAAGAGAAGGCUGAGUUUUUCAUGUGCUCAUGCAACUCACAGAGAACUCCCGGAGGCCUCAUUUUCCGGCAGCGGUGGAACAAUAUGCAGUUUGUUACCACGGCUUCCUUCCUCACGACUGUCUAUUCUGAUUAUCUAACCUCUGCCGCCACCUCCCUCACUUGUGCUAACGGCCCCGUCUCCCCGUCCCAACUUCUCGCCUUAGCUAAAUCUCAGGUGGACUACAUUCUGGGAGACAACCCUCGAGCAACGAGUUACAUGGUGGGAUACGGGAAGAACUACCCUCAACAAGUGCACCACAGAGCUUCCUCUAUUGUAUCCCACAAGGUGGAUCCUUCAUUCGUGAGCUGCAGGGGAGGCUACGCUUCUUGGUUCAGCAGAAACGCCAGUGACCCCAACACCCUCACCGGCGCCGUCGUUGGCGGCCCCGAUGCUUACGACAACUUCGCCGAUCACAGAGACAACUACGAGCAAACCGAACCGGCUACCUACAACACCGCCCCUCUCCUUGGCGUAUUGGCGCGUUUACACGCCGGCUACAAUCACCUCCUUUCAGUUGAGCUACCGGAGACUGCAAAUCGAGGCCAAGAUUCCUCGAGCUUGAUUUUUGUUGAGCAGAAGGUGACGAGUUCAUGGAAUGAAGAAGGCAAGAGUUUCAAUAGAUACUCGGUGAUGGUUAGCAACAAGUCUUCCAAGAAAUUGAAGAAUUUGAAGCUACGUAUAUGGAAUCUGCAUGGGCCUCUUUGGGGUCUCACGAAAUCCGGUGACGAUUACUUAUUCCCUGAAUGGAUGGAGUCUUUGGGUGCAGGGAAGAGUAUCGAGUUCGUGUAUAUCCAGUCGGCUUCUCGAGCAAACGUUUUGGUUUCAAGUUACACUCUUGUAUAGUUGAUUACACUCUCUCUCACUUUGACUAUUUUUUUCUUGAUUUUGGAGUAGGAGUUGUAUAUAUAGAUAUAUACUUUUUUUUUUUGUUGAUUUGGGAUAUUAUAGUAGGAUUUGGAUUAUAUGAGGUUGAAGUUUGUUGGAGGUCAUUUGUCCCUCAUUCUUCAACUAAAAAGAAAAGGGAACUUAGGAGUAGUUUCAUGUUUUUAUAUGAACAAUCAAGAAACGUGACAUUCUUG